AUGCGUGGCACUGCUACAGCUCUGCCACAGUUCUGCACACGGAAUAUACUGAAUUCUUCUUCACAAACUCAAUACAACCAUCCUCCAACGUAUCUGACCAAGUAUCUCUCCCCUCUAACAAUGUCUAUCUUCCACCUGCUCACUCACGACGAUCAAGACCUGAACUACCAUUCUCCGGCAAUGUCGCAGAGUAUCGUUCCGUACCUAUUGGGUACACUGGCCUUCCUCAUCUACGUCUGGUACUCUUCACUUCGUACCGGUGCUGGUCCCCACCGCCGAGCAGUAGAGCAAUUCGAAUUCUCCGAGGCCACGUAUGAAGAGAAGAUCAUCUACCUUAUGAACCAAAUGCGCUGGUGGGAUUACUACUGCGGCCUCUGGCUCAUGCACCUGGUCGUCCAUCUAGGCAUCGCUUGUCAGACUCGCGACUGGCCAUACACCAUUUCUGUCACGUACAUGGUUGUCUGCGUCGCGUACUUUUACUUCUUGUCCAUGUCGUUUGCCCUGGCCGAGAUUCAACUUCCUAGCCUCUGGGCUGUGAUUACCGACGGACACCGAAUGAAAUAA